AUGAAGCAGUUGGCAACUUACACGGACUUACGUGAAGUAAACCCAAGUACCACUACCAUGGCAGUGAACACGACUGCUGCAAUUAACGCCUUCGAGCGGUCUAGGACUCUCGGAUAUAUGCUGGUAUUUCGGGAAUGCCUUCGCAGUACCUUCCGUCAAAAGUCGGUUUUGCGUACCUGUAACAGUAGAGAUGAGAAGAAUGCACAUGUGUUCACGGUUUGA